CAAAAAUGUUUCUGGCCCCCUCUCCUCCGCUAGGGAAAGCGGGGCGGGGAUAACAAUGCGGGGCUUCUCCAUCCGGGUCCCUUCGCAGCACCCGGACGUGAGAGAAGUUGUCAGGCCGGGGGUGGGAGAAGCGAGCGCGAAGGGAUCCUGAGGAGAAAGGAAACUCUCCCUUCCCCCCGACUGUUCAGCGCCGGGAACCCUUCCUUCAUUGCGCUCUCGAGAGUCGCAGAGGUAGCCGCGCAGGAAAUCGUCUAACACUAGAAAGGUAAUGGAGGAAGCAGCUCCCCAAAUGCAGUCCUUGAAUGAACAGCAGGUGCCAAACUCUGAAAAUGGAUAUAUAUGGCAAGUUACUGACAUGAAUCGAUUGUGCCGUUUCUUGUGUUUUGGUUCUGAAGGAAGUACUUACUACAUCAAGGAGGAAAAACUGGGGUUUGAAAAUGCUGAUGCGCUACUCAGGCUUAUCGAAGAUGGCAGAGGCUGUGAAGUGGUACAGGAAAUAAAGACGUUCAGCAAGGAAGGGAGAGCAGCAAAGCAAGAUCCCGUAUUAUUUGCGCUUGCAGUUUCUUCACAGUGUUCUGAUGCAAAAACAAAGCAAGCAGCUUAUAAGGCUGUCCCUGAAGUCUGUCAUAUUCCAACUCAUCUAUUUACUUUCAUCCAGUUUAAAAAGGACCUCAAAGAGGGCAUGAAGUGUGGCAUGUGGGGUCGUGCUUUGAGAAAAGCUGUUGCGGAUUGGUACAAUGGAAAAAAUGGCAUGGCUCUUGCCUUAGCAGUUACAAAGUACAAACAAAGAAAGGGUUGGUCUCACAAAGAUCUUCUCAGGUUGUCCCACCUUAAGCCUGCAAAUGAAGGCCUUGCUGUAGUUACAAAGUACAUAACGAAAGGGUGGAAAGAAGUCCAGGAAGCAUAUAAAGACAAUAAGUUUUCUGCUGAGACUGAAAAGCUGUUAAAAUAUUUGGAGGCAGUGGAGAAGGUGAAGCGUACAAAGGAUGAGUUGGAAGUGGUUCAUUUGAUAGAAGAGUAUAAUUUAGUCAGGGAACACCUCCCCACCAGCCAUUUGAAAUCUAAAGAUGUAUGGAAAGCAUUGUUGCAAGAUAUGCCUUUAACAGCAAUAUUGCGGAAUCUUGGAAAGAUGACAGCAAAUUCUGUACUUGAACCAGGAAGCCCAGAAGUAACAACGGUUUGUGAAAAGCUAAGAAAUGAAAAACUCCUUAAAAAGGCUCGAAUACAUCCCUUCCAUAUAUUGGUUGCAUUAGAAAAGUACAAACGAGGAUAUCGGGGAAAACUUCAUUGGCAACCUGACAAGGACAUUUUGGAAGCUCUGGACUCUUCAUUGUACAAAACCUUCCAGAUAAUAGAACCAACAGAGAAGCGUUUCUUGCUUGCAGUUGAUGUCAGUGAUUCAAUGUCGCAAAAAGUUUUGGGCAGCGUGCUGAAUGCUAGUACAGUUGCUGCAGCAAUGUGCAUGGUUGUUGCACGGACAGAAAAAGAUUCCCAUUUUGUUGCCUUUUCUCAUGAAAUGGUUCCUUGUCCUGUGACUGAGAACAUGACUUUACCUCAAGUAUUACAGAAGAUGUCUGAGAUUCCAAUGGGUGCGACUGAUUGUUCUCUUCCAGUGCUAUGGGCUCAAAAAAAUGGAGUAGCUGUUGAUAUCUUUAUCGUGUUCACAGAUAAUGAGACCUUAGCUGGUGAUACUCAUCCUGCCACAGCCUUGAGGAAGUAUAGGGAGGUAAUGGGUGUUCCAUCCAAACUCAUUGUUUGUGGAUUGACAUCCAGCAGCUUUACCAUUGCAGACCCAGAUGACAGAGGAAUGCUGGAUAUAUGUGGCUUUGAUACAGGAGCACCAGAUGUCAUUCGAAACUUCGCUUUGGAUCUGAUUUAAAUCUGAGCACCUACUUUAUUCAAUUUGGUUACCAGCUUGAAGACUUUGAUCUGGGACCUCCCAGUCUGAUUGUCUGACUAUACUAACUCAUGGCUGAGUUCAGUGCACCUAUCAGAAUGUUUAACAUUUUUAUAGAGGGAUAUAAAGAGAAGCAUAGGUGAAGUAUAUUCUCUAGGAAGAUUGAUUACAUCUGUUGCACAUUGUUUAAGAAUAACAAUGGGAAGCCUUCUAGAAAUAGCUACGGAACACAGUGUAUACUUUUAAUUUUUUAAUAAUAGGUUGCCUAUACCAAGGUAUUCCAUCACUGUAGAUUUUAUUUUUCCAUGAAGUGAUUUUAAUGUUUUACAUUGUGUUGGAUUAACAGUUGUUUACCUAAGUAGUUUUUAUUCUUUGUAUUGACAAGGGAAAGUGAGGCCAGGUCUGCACUACAGGUUACCUCACUUCUAACAAUGCGCGUUGCUUCGCAUUGCUUAUAGCACAUUUAUAUCUGGCAACUUGCUGCUUUCCCUGCUGUUUAUAUUAGAUGCAUACACUGUAUCUACAUAUGUUGGGUUACUUUGGAACAACUGGAUUGUUCCUAGGGAUGGGUGGGUAUUGUUUGGUCGAUAAACCUCCUAGAUCCACUCUUGUUUCAGAACAAGUCUUGCAAGAAUUGCAUAAUUUUAUAUUCAUGCAUUAUGAUUGCACCACUUUGUAAAUAAGCAUCUUUUGCAUUUUCUAUGUUAGUUUGUGACAGGGAGUCUGUGUAAUUGCACGUUAUCAACGAAAAACGAAAUUGAAACCCUAGCCUUUUGAAUCAAUAGAAUUGAGGGGAACAGAUAGCACAGACAGAAGUCGUGAUGACCAAUUUGAGGGAUUUCUGUCUGUUUGCAUUUUUGGAUCAUGGUGAAUUGCUGUACGGAAAUGUGCUCAACACAGUCGAAAGAGUGAUAUAAUACAGUAUCUAUACAGAUUCCCACAUGCUUUCAGUGCAAAUGAUACCAAUGAGAAGUAUGUUACAGAUGCCUCCAAUCAGCAGUGACCUGUGGUAAAAUAUUAGUAACAACCUUAAGCCUUGCUCUUACAAUUUACUUUCAGGCCUAUACUAUAGAGGAGUGGUUCUUGGAAUGCACUAGACCAUGUAACUGUGAUAGGGGUAUAAAAACUAAAUAUCAGACUUUUAGCUGAAGAAUAUAGAAGUUUUGGGUACAGUUGUACUUGAUGUUAUCAGGUUUUCUGCAGUCGAAUAUUCUGGGUGUAUAGAUUAAGUUCUCCUGUUCAACCCCUUUAAAAAUGUGUGGGAGGUAUACAAGAGCAACUGUGUUCUUAGCCUGAACCAGUUUCCUUCAAUGAGUUUGUUUAGGAGAAAUUCUCGGUUGACUGUACCUUUUGCCUUUAAAGAAGACCUGUAUUAAUCAGUGCAACGAGUAGAGCAGAAAUCAACAGUAAUACACGUAUAUUAGAGUCCUAAAGGCGCCAUGUAGAAACUUCCUCAGUUUAAACAGUGAUCCUUUUGAAAACUAGCAGCAACUGUAUCAGAGUAAUAGUGCAGGUUUUACAGAAUGUUCUGUACAUCUUGGAAUCUGAUAAUACGUAAAAUGAUGAAAGAGGUGAUAUAUAUGCAGUGUUUUAGUAUUUAAUACUGGACUGCAGCUUUCAGUUGGUACAGCUGUUGGAUUAUAUUUUUUUGGAUUGACUAAAAACCCUAAAUUCCUUGGCCAACAUGUUUUGUUUUGCUUUAAACAACGUUUAGAAGCACUUAAAACAUUGCUACCAGCAGACACCGUGUUAGAUGUGUCCUAGCUUAAUAUAUUUCUGAAUAAUGGUAAAAAUUCAUGAGUUGGAGGUUGUUUCGGUGUUUGCUAAGAGCUUCUGUCUUCUAGAGGAACAGCAGCUGAACUCUAUUUAAAAUCCUGGCAUUUGAAGAAUUACUGGCUGCAUGGUUCUUUGUCUAUAAAUGACCUUUUUUAUAUAUUGUAGAGUUUGAAAAUAUUUCCAUGGUGCCAGGGCUGCUAUUGAGUUCUAGGAUGUUAUUCGUUCUAUAUUGGCUCUUGUGUACAUUCUCAGAAGACUCUUGAGCAUUCUCUAUUUAAUUAUAAGAAAAGGAACACCAUUCUGGGUUCUUUGAUUUUUCUGCCUCUAGAGAGAUGCUCUGUAUAGGGAAUAUGCAUGGUUGAUUAUCAAAAGACAAUUAUUGGCAGGUACUGACAAAAUGAGUGUGUGUGUGUGUGUGUGUGUGUGUGUGUGUCUCCCCCUCCCCCAAUUCCAAAUGAAAAUCUCAUAUAAAACAUGGUAGAAUAGGAACUUCUAUAGCAUGAAAAGAAGACAUAGUGAUGCUUGAAUUUUAAGCAUAUGCUUUAUAUGGUAUAUGUAAAGGUUUGGUGUGUAUGUCAGGUGAUUCAAAGAAUAAACAGGUAGACAUUUUUAAAAAGUGAAGUUACCUUGUAUGGGUUUAAUGUAGAACUACAUGUUAUUAAAAUACAAAAAAGGAAUGCAGCUAUUCCCUGCAAUUGUGCUUAGAUCAGGAUCUUCUCCUGCUGAACGGUCUUUGAAAUGUAUGAGAGAUAUACAGGACCAGUUGGUGCUUACUAAAUUCUGAAAAGUUCUUUGUUCCAUAAAUAGAGAUUUAGAGUCAGUUUCCAGAUUUGAAAAAAAAAAGUUAUGUAUGGAAGACUGCUUAUAACAGAGCAUAUAAGUGAAAAACUGAAUAAAAUACAAAAACUACCCAGGAGCUGCUCAUUGGUUCAGAAGUUCAGAAUCUUCUCAGAGGUUGAGAUUCAGAGACUUAAUUUAGGUAUACCCAAGGCUUUGGUAUGCCUAGUGGAGUUUUUACCUUUUACACUCCAUGGAACAGCUGUACCCCAUGUCUUGUAUACCAUUGAUUUCUUGUAGAAUUCUCCUUGGUUUCAAAAACCAUGGCAUGGAAGAAUGGGACAACUGCAUGAUUUGUGCUUGACCUGCAAAACCAGAAUUGCAUACCAUGUGGAGUGCACAAUUCUAGUUUUUCGGUUUAGUUGCGAACGACUGCAGACAGUGUUGCCACAGACAAGGAAGGUGAUUGCAGGGCACAAGCGGAGAAGAGAGUGCACAAAUCCAAGGUUCCCUCCAGACUCAUUCAUCAUUCAGCAUUACCUCUGACCCAUGCCACUGUAUUCCGUGUCUGAUUGUUAUUGGUUAUAGUAGGCUUAGUUUGUCUUAUUCUGAAAUUGUAGUUCACCUUGUUGACAAAUGCUGAUUGCCUGUUUUAUAAAUAACACUGAAAAAGCCUGGUAAAAUGUGUGACUUAAUCUCCCAGCUAUAGUCAGAAUUAAAUUAUUCAUACACAUUCUCUGAGCUGCCUUUUCACCAAAGAAUAUCUUACUAAGAGGAGAGUUCUGUGCCAGCGUUUUAUGGAAAACUGAAAUGCAAGAUCUAGUUAAAUAGUUUUGCAAAUACUUGUAUCUAAAGUACAGAGGCGUUCCUCGGGGACGUUGAUGGCUGUUCUGAUUUUUGUUUAGAGUGCUGUGAAAUUAUUUUAAGUCCUACGUUCUUCUGCCUGUGUUGCAGAAGCAGCCAUCAGGCGGCAGGUCCGGACUAAAGGUAUCAUGAUUGGUCCCACAUGCAAGAUGAUUAGAGUUGCUGUUUUUCUAUGUGCUGCAUAUUUGUAUCACUAUUUGGUCUUCGGUUCUGAUCACCCUCCCCACUGUAUACAAAAUGUACAGCUUUCAAAAUAAUGGAAUAGGAGCGGUUGUAUGAAUGUGGGAAGAACUGAUCAGUUUUUGGUUGUUGGGUCAGUAGGUAUAAUGAAAAAUAGCUGUGGGCGAGACUGUUAUGAGCAUGUUUGGGUAUAUAAAGGAUUUGAAUGAAUACUUGUAGAAGGAAGAUAAAACUUAUCUAUGAAAUAUGGAUGCAUUUAUGCGUCAGUGACAGUAUCCUUGCCAUUUGUGCGAAUGAGCUAAAAGGUUUUCAGGUGCUCACAAUGGCCGCUCUUACUCUGUUUAUUCUGCAGAAGUCCUAUAAACAUUAGUGCGAGUCUACUACUGAAGGCUGAACUUAGGAAAGAGGUUUCUAACUUCAGUAACUGAGCAAUGAUCACAGGGAUUGGGUGUAUAAAUGCACCAUUGUGUUUUGCUCUUUGCUUAUUUUCUGUGAUAGGCAAACUACACAAACCCCUAAAAUAAUGUAAUAGAAACAUGAAACCUUGUAAAUACUUUUCUUUCUUAUGGUAGAAAUGCUGAACAUGAGAAGGUGAAGAGAAUUUGAACUGUUUCUGUUUUGAUAAAGGCAGUUUGCCAGAUUCUGAGAAGAGAAAUGGUCAUUGAACUGAAAUUGUUUCCUCUGUUUUGGUAUGCUUUUUGAAACCUGUACAUUAUCUUAAAAUAAUUCACGAGUUAAGGUACCUAUGGUUAGCAGAUAAUUAUUUUGUAACAUUAGACCAGUGUGAUGCAAAGCACAGCUUGCACAGGGGCCUUGUGUUCUCUUCUUUAAAGGGAAAUGAUUGAUAUGCUUUAUGAGGAUUUGCUGCUCUGUGUUUAUAGUUCAGUCUCCUGCUUACAGAAAAGAAUAGGGAAGCUCCUGCGUGUGCUGAGCACUAUCCACACAUCAGAACUUCUGACUCAUGGCCAGUAAAUAGCUUGUAUUCCUUUAUAGUAUACAGCAUAUGAAGCUUUUUUUGAAAAAAACAAGCACCGAUAUCUUUCUGUUUCUUCCCGAAAUAUUGCUAAUUCCCUUAUGAGUCUAGGGAAAACAUAGCUAUUGUUUGUCUUCCAUCUUUUUCAUAGGUGCAAACGUUAUGGAAGUAUAUGGAACAUCUAAAUGAAUGGUACCAUAAACUGGUAGCUUUCUGUUUUUGAUUAUUGAGGCCAACUUAAUUCCCCUUCCCUCUUGGUUUUCUCAGGUUUGACAAUUUCCAGCAACUUACUUCCUUGUUUCAUUCCUUCCUUCCCCUUUUUUGCUUUAUAUCCUGUUUGUACAUUACCUUUCAUCAAAUCUUGUUAAUUCUAAAACGUAGUGUAGAAAUCAAUUCAACACUCUUUAGUCUUAACCAUGGUUAAGGUAGCAGCCACAGGAUUAUGUGCUGUGUUCUCUCUCCUCUUGCAUGUGAACAAACCUUCCGUCCUUUCCCACAUCUCUAGUUGAUGCUAACCAGGAUUCAGUCUUAAUCAUGACUCUUCAUCCGUUUCCAUCCCUGAUUCUUAUGUUCUGAUUAGUGCAGGCCAUGGUUAACACAGGUGGUAAUAUAACCCAUAGCUAUAGAUGGGGGUAGCAUGGAUUGGGGAUAGGAAUUUGUGGCAGAGGGAUGGAAGUGUACAGUUACACAAUGCUAACCCGUAAUGGCAGUUCCAUUUUUGAAAUGAAAACAUUUCUUUUUGUUUGUUGAUUUUGUUUUGCUUGAGAAUUUCCAAAGUCUGUUGUUAGAAUUUGAGAAACGACCAACUUUUGAGUAGUUGAAACAGAAGUUCUGUUAAAACACAGUGGAUACACGUGCUAUUUAAAACAGGAUCCAUUAGACUGAAUGGAAAGUUUCAGUUGCUCCCUGUUGUGUAGUGUGGAAGCAUAAACUUAUAACUAGUUAUAGCUCUAUAAAUGGCAUGUGCAGUCUGGUGUUGGGCACCCAUUUAAGGAAAAAUCUGCAGCAUUUGGUUAAAACCAAAUCUGCAACCCAAAAAACCUAACCAGUGGGAUUAUCUUGAGCUGGGCUGGUAAAGUAAGAAGAACCCGUCUUCUGCCAUGUAUGUGCAAUUUAUUGGACUGAAGCUUGGGCCAACAAAGUGUUUAGAAACUGGCAAUUUCUAGUGUCUGUUGGUUAUCUAUGGACAGGUGUCAUUAGUACAGACGGCUGCUUUACUGGAAUUUUUAGAGGUAAGGAAUAUAUGACAAGAACAGAGUAAGUUAAUAAAAUGGUACGUUGGAAGCAUGCUGCCUCUAGUUCACAAAAUGGUUCAAAGACUUCAGUAAUUAUUGUCUGAAUGUAUAUAUGCUUGUAACUUCGCUUCUAAAACUAAGGAGGGUUUUCUAACCUUUUCAGAUACUUGUAAAUCUAGAAUGCUGCUUGGGAUACAGAAAUAAUAUUUAAGACUAAUGCACUAUAUUGAGGCACAAUACUGCCUCCAUAAUUAUAACUCUAAAGGAGCACAAUAAGCAACAAACCAUCCUUCUCUUUGAUACAGUUGGGGCGCUAAACCUGUUCCUGGCCUCUGCAUCCUCAGACUACUGAUGAGAGACAUGAUUGAAUACUCCUCUGUUUUCAAAAAUAUUAAAAUAAAAUUCAAGCCUGUGUGCAGAAGACAAAAGUGGUACUUUCUCUCUGACGUGCCUGUUUUCUAUGCAGAGUGAUUUUGUUAUGGAAAAGCAUUAAGUCACGCGAGUCAGCACCUCCCAUCUGAACUGGUUCUUUCCUCACACAGGUUUACAAUCUCAGUUAAAAUACUUUUUAAGUUCAGCCAGUUGCUCUAACAAGCUAUCUUAAAGAAAGAAAAAGAAACCCAGAGGUCAUCUGUUAAAAAGAAUAAUAGUUUGCUAAAAUAACACAUACCUAUUGAGAGCAAUAUAGGUUUUAUUUAUGAAUAAAUGUUAAUUGCUUUAGUUGGGUCAUAUACUUUAGUAGGAAGUCCAUUUGAAAUGACAUAAUCCGCAGUUAAGUCUGCCAAGCUGCUUAAUUUUCAGAGCCAAAUGAGGCUGCUAAAAUGGGAUGUGGCUUGUUUUAGAAUGAUAAAUAUGGUAUUAGCUUCUUUGCUUUCUAUAGAAUUUCACUAAUUGUACAGAAGAUCCUUUUUCUGUAAAAAAAAAGCCUUAAUUUGGUAAAUAGUUUCAUAAUUAAUGCUUAGAAUGCCUUAAGACACAUGGUAUCAUAGGAAAUGGGCGCUCAUUAGAAUCUCUAGAUGUGCAACCUUUUUUCCUCAAGUAUUCAUUAAUGGAUGUUUUGCCUUAAGCCACACCAUUUUGAGAUUUGAGUGUGUAGAAUACAACAGGUUAGCACUACGCUGGAAAGGGGGAUGAGUGGUUUACAUUUAUGUGCAAACAAGGAUCUAAAAUAAAAUGUUAAUGUAGAUUCAUCAGUGUAGCCUAGACAUACCAACAGGUUUUGCAUGUUUUUAUUUUUGCAUUUAUUGAUUGAACUGUUUUGUACUAUUGGAAAACACUGUACACAAAAAAGUGGUAAUCCAUUAACCAGAUUAAUUUAUUUUUUUUAAUAUUGUGAGAAGAUUGACCAGCUUUUGAAUGACAAUUCAGUAUCAGUUCUUUAAGAAAUGUUGAGAUAGAAAUAUUUACCAGCAUUUGUGUAGAAUAUUUUUUUUAAAUUUUGUAUGUUUAGUAUGAAAUAUGUGUAUUUGUAUGUCUAAUUUGGUGGAAUAAAAAUUACUUAACAGGGUUGUGAAGAACUUGGCAAAACUUAGUAACUCUUGCAGUUACAGGAAAAAAUAGUUAUCCGGGUCUCUGUGUGUAUGAAUUUUGCUUUAUACAUGUUAAAGGUGCACUACACAUUUCAAAAUAAGAGGCCUGCCAACAAGCUAAUGUUUUAUUUAUUUAGACUUUAUGAUGGAAGUAAAUGUAUACAUUUCAGUGUUUAGCUUGAGUUUUGAAUUAGAAAUUGCUGCUCAUCUCUGUAUAAAGAGCAAAGACUGCCUUCAGUAGUCAUUGUUAGGGAACCUACAAAAAACAUGAAAACACACAAUUUGACUGUUUUUCCAUUUUUAAAAAGGCAGUUGGAGUUUCAUAAAUUCAUUUGUGGUCAUGUAGUAAGGCUGUAACCUCCGGUAAUAUUUCUGACUACUACUUUAAAACAAGUAAAAUAAGCCUUAAUAUCAAGUAGCACAGUGGCUAAAUGGUUCGGCUGCAAAUCAGCACUCUACUGGUUUGAAUCCCACUACUGCCAUGAACUCAGUCGGUGGCCUUGGGUAAGCCACUCCUCUCAGCCCCAGCUGUAUUGUGGGCAUAAUAACAAUACUAACUUGUUUACCGCUCUGGGUGAGGCACUAAUCUGUCUACAAGAGCGGUAUAUACGUGCAGUUGUUAUUAUUUUAAAAUGUAGUGUACCUUUAACUGAGAGAUGAACACCUUCUUACUAAGUAAGGUGACCGUAGUUUCUUUAGAGGGCAGGGCUUUUGAUCUUACUCAUACAUCCCUCAUAUUUGAAUAAAUGACUGUUAUAGACACAAGUGAAAUAUUCCUUAUCUACAUUAUGAUUUGUAGAACAUGGCAAGUAAAAUUAAAUUCUAUGCAUAUCAUUUCUUGGGACUGAACAUUUCCCCCCAAAGCCACUGCAAAGCCAUUAUGAGCUUAUUAGCAACAUGACCACCACAUGGUAAAAGGAUGUAUGGAAAUGUGGUGAAAGGAUUGGAUGCUGAUGCAGUGUUCCUUGUUAUGCCUUUGCAUGUUCUUUACUCAGCUUCUAGGCCCUUUUAAGCACAGCAGUUUUUGCCUUUUGAUCUCGGUCUUCAAAUAAAUCUGAGAUUGGUAUGUGGCCUGUUGGGAGAUUUGUAUAAUAGUUGUUGAUGUCACAUAAACACUGGUAACUUCCCAAGGUAGAGAUGUUUCACUAUGAAAUUUCAGAAGUGUGGGUGGAAGAAUGGGCAUUCACUUAAGUAAACUGUUUAUAUCUUCCCUUUUUAACCUGGGAGAUCUUUUGUUCUCUCUCAGCUGAUAACACCACCUAUUUUGAAACAUGUUUUAGGAGAAGGGAGAUGGAUAGACACCUCACAAAUGUUCAGCUAGUGAAAAUUCAGUUUCAGAGUUGGCUUAAUAUUGUUCUAGACGACUACAUUGGGUGAUACAUCUGUAGCAAUUUGCAUGAAUCUGGCCUUGGUUUUUUCAUGGUGGGCGACACUUUUACUUCAAAUGUCAAAUGAAACAGCAAUUUAUCUUUAACUCUACUGAGUUUGUGAGACAGUGACUCAAAUCUAGUUGGCUCUGACAAAUGCUAAUUUCUUUGCCUUCUCUUUCUAGCCUGGGAGGGUGUCACUGGAGAGCAAACCAGAAUUAAGUCAGGAUGUCUGUGUUUGUACAUCACACAGAAAAAAUCACUAAAAUUAACUGUGGUUAAUCAACUCCAGAUCCUUGUUUGUUGGGCCCUAAAUAACCAUAGUUAGUGGAGUACCUGCAUUCAGAUUGUCACUUUAACCGUAGUUUAAUUCACCUAUGGUGUCAUGUGAUUUCUGAAGUGACCUUUUGUUACUUAGAAACAGCAAGUGGAGCAGAAAACGUAGUAAUGCUUCAUGGAGGCCAAACAGCUCAGCCAAGUUCACUUCAUUGGCUCAGCAUUUCAAUGCAGAAGGAAAAUGACAAGGAUAAAACUGGACUCUGAGGAGGAGUUUUAGGGACAAGAUUUCAUUAUGCAUGGAGAUUUUUAAUUGCAAUGCCCACUAAUACUACUGUAAUGCCCUCAUCAUUCAUGCCUUUUCCAUUUUUCACCAGCAAGAAACUGCAGACUUUGACUUGGGAAUCUUGAGUAGUUGUAGUCAGCACUGAAGCCUCUUAGUUCCUGGAACAUACCCUAAAAGAAAAAGCUCUAGGAACAGAGUGGCUUGUGAAAGUAGGUCACAAGUUUGAAUUUUUGAUGAUGGUGCAUUGAAUUGAAAUUCGUAUUUUGAAUUACGUAUUUUCCUAAGGGCAACAUUACUCCUGUGGAUAUGUUGGCUUCACACUUGAUGCUUGGGUUAAAAAAUACUGAAUGAUAUAAUGAUAUGCCUCAUAAAUUGAAGGGCAGUUCUUCUUGUCCUAUGACUAUGCGUUGUAAAGUAAGGUCAUUUGUCUAACCCUAAAAUUAAAAGUAUGGUGCUCUGGUGCAGCUGUGUUCAUACUCUAGCUUAUAUUCUAACUACUAGUUUUUAAGAAUGCUGAUUAUAUAUACAUGUCAGCAUUAUCAAAGAGGGGCUAUUACAGCACAGGUAUUCCUUGCUUGAUGAUUUGGAAAAUACUCUCAGGUUCCAUUCAGGGCUGUCUAGAAUGUACAUAUCCUAAAUUUUGGAAGCAAGCAAUUAGGAGGAGUGUGCAGAUAAAUCUUAAAAGUUAUACUGACAUAAUGGAGGUUGACUGUGGGAAGUACCAAGUACCAGAGAUCUCUUUUUUUACUUAAAAUCUUUUCUUAGAUUUUCUUUACAACCACAAGGACAAGUAGUCUUGGUUUUAAAUGAUAAAAAUGGGAGUAGCCCAUUUGCUUUCAGAGCAAUGUUGGCUACAACUGCUAAAGGUUCCCAAGACAAAGUGGUAAAGGCAUAAAUGGUUGCACCUGGGGAAUAUAAGCAUCUAAGCUGUAAUAUUGACAGCUACUUUCCUUUGGAUGAUUGCCUGAAUGCAAAUUUAGAUCCAUGGUCACGUCUUCCUUAUUGUAACUUCUAACCCUCCAGGGCUGUGUGUAGAUCUGAAAGGUCACCUUCUUUGAAGGCAUCCCCAUGUGGAAAAGGGAUAGGUAAUCUACCACUCCCCUGUCAUUUCCUCCUCUCAUCCUCUCCUCAGGUUCCAAGUUGCAUGGUGUAAAUGUUUUGGGGGCAUUAGGAUUAUUUACAUGCAUUGCAAGCUUUUUAGUAUGUUGUUCUGUAACAUAAAUACAUCUAAUUCUGAAUGGGGCCACAGAUUGUGGAUUAAUAGAUCAGUAAAAUAGAAUUAUGGACAGAGAGAGGCCUGGCAACUGGGUGUAGCAGUGUCCAUUGUGCAACUGAGCCAGACUUUUCCUAGGGGGAGGGAAGGUAAACUGAAGCAAGGGGAGAGGGACAGAUGAAGGUAGGUUUAAGAAGGAAGCAGGAAAAGGGGAGAAGUUAUGGGGGUUGCUAAGAAAGGAAAACAGGAAAUAGUAGAGGAGGGGAGAUACAAGGCAAAAUGAGGUGCCCACAAAUCAUUGCAGAUCCCCCUUGUACUUAAAUAUUUGUGCCUAUGCGUCCUGUUUUCUAUUCUGUUCCCCAUUCAAUAAACUCUGACUA